CUGGGUGGCGCUACAGACUUUGUUCACCAACCGUAAACACAGACGAAGAAGAAACGUCACCGGAGUGACAGAGGUGUUGGACAGGGAUCAGACCGUCAUAUUUGAUCAUGAGUGUCCCGUGUUUUGUGAGAACGGUGGCCAGAAGUUUCGCCGGUGGUUCAGGACUAUUCAGACCAGCUAUUUGCUGUUUAUGUAAAGACACAGUCACAAGAAAAAUGUCAUCCAGGAGACAGACAGACCAUCUAGAAAGAACUGCUAGCGUUCAUAGACAAAUGGAACUUUUCUCUGCACGUGUUAGUGACAUUAUAAGUGAAUCUGAUACAGUAAAGAGACUGAGACUGGAGGUGCCACAUCCUGACUUCAGCUUCCGUGCUGGGCAGUGGGUGGAUUUCUUCAUCCCAGGUGUGGAUACAGUUGGAGGCUUCUCUAUUUGCUCGAGUCCUGGUCUGCUGCAGAGAGAGGGGGUGAUUGAACUGGCCGUCAAAUAUGCACGCCAUCCUCCAGCACACUGGAUUCACACCAAAUGCUCUGUGGACUCUCAGGUAGCUGUGAGGGUGGGUGGUAACUUCUACUUUGACCCUCAACCUUCUGACCCCGUGGUGGACCUGUUGUUGAUAGCUGGUGGUGUUGGCAUCAACCCUCUGUACUCCAUCCUGCUGCACACAGCUGAUCUGCUCAGACACACUCAUGGUCACAGGUACACUCCAGGGCACACACACCUGUGCUACAGCGCCAAGAACACCAAAGAGCUGCUCUUCAAGAACACCAUUAUUGACAUCUGUCACGAGCGACCAGAUAAAUUCUCCUGCGAUUUCCAUGUUACCCAGCAGAGCUCUGACGUAGAGCAGGAACUUCAGCCUUACACCAUAAAUGGAAGAAUAUCAGAACAGGAACUUGAGCGCUGUGUAGAUCCUGAGCGCACAUUGUGUUAUCUUUGUGGCCCUCCUCCUAUGAUAGAGAAAGUGAGUUCGGACCUGAAGAGAGUCGGCCUGUCAGAGGACAGAAUCCUUUUUGAGAAAUGGUGGUAGCGCAAAUAUUCACAGCGAUCAUAAAAACAGACUGUAGUGGCAAUGGACCAGCAAUGCCUUUGAGAUCAGUUUAAACGCACAACAGACACUGUGUCUGCAUUGUCCACAUUUAAACAAGCAAUUCUCUAGACUCUAUGUUCUAUUUUUGUUAUACCUCAUUUUAAAGAUACUUAACAAAUUGACCAUGACCAGCUCUGUAAUGCUCUACAUUAUAGUUCAUUUGCUGGUUAACGGCAUAGGCGUCCUGCUUCAGGGGCAUGAUGAAAGACUGCACACUCAGAUUGCACUGGGUAUUUUAGAGAUCUGUGUAUAAUUAUAUAUGUUGAUGGCAUUUUAGAACACAUAUUUAUUAUUCAUUGAAAUGUUAGGAGGAUAGAAAAUAUUGGAAACUUUGCUUGUUAAUAUAUAGUCAAACCAAAAUUUAUUCAGACACAUUCAACAUUUCUCACAUUAUCAUAGUUUAUUCGCUAUAGUUUAGAAAAUGGUCAUAAAAUAUGACAAGAGCUCAGGGUUAAACUGUGUCAGAACAAAUGUAUCUUGAUAAUGCCAUCCUCUUGUUAGCCUGUCUCACAAAUGAAUUAGGUUGAAUAGCUGUCAGCAGUCAGCUGUUAAAAUUUAAGUAAAAUUUCACAAUUAGAUAAUACCAAUUUAGGUCAUCCAAUUACCAAGUAAUGCUCAAAUUUUGUUCAAUCUGUGGUGUAAAAAGCUCACAUUAGCAAUUAAAGAAAAAAACACUUAAGGAAGACAUGGUCAGGUCCAAAGUGUCUGAAUAAUUCUUGGUCCCAAAUUCUUAUCAAUUUUACCGGUAGUCCACUGUAUGAAGAAUUUUUAGGUAUAAUAUGUCACAGUUUAUUUUGUUUUGCUAUCCUCACUUAUAUAAAUGAACUAUAAUGUUCUGCACACACUAGUAAAAAAAUAUCAACAAUUAUAUCUGUUGUCUGAAUAAUUUUUAGUUUGACUGUAGUCUUAUUCUGCUAAAAGGUGCUAAACAUUGUCCCCUUUUAAGGGAUGUUCUACCCAAAAAUGAAAAUUCUCUCAUUUGCUCACCCUCGUGUCAUCCCGGAUGAAUACAAUCUGCGAUUUUUAGAAAAAUAAUCCAUCUCCAUUAUAAUACAAGUGGAUGGAACCCUCAAAGUUGAUGUUUCAAAUACCACUAAAGUGAUCAUGACGACAUUCAUAUGACCCCAGCAGAUGAAUCAAUGCCUUCUGAAGCAAAACAGUAGGUGUGGGUGUGAGAGGAGAUUUUAACUUUUUAAACCAUAAACCAUAGUUUUUUUGGUCAGCUGAGGGUUUCAUCCACUUCCAUUUUAUGGACUCACAAAGAUUAAAAAUCUGUUGUGUUUCACAGAAGAAGGAAAAUCAUUUACAUAAAUGAUGGUGUGAAAAAAUGAGAAUUUUUAUUUUUAGGUGGAAUAUUCCUUUAAGGCAAGUCAGUUCAAUUGGCAGCUAUAUUUGUUACAUCCCAUGGGCGGCUGUUUCCAUAUUUGCAAAUACAUCUCCCAUCUACCUAAAUUAUACUUAAAACAAGCAAAAAGCAACCUUUGUUGAAACGGUUUCAGUUAGGGCUGGGUUUUGACUUGACUUUUAAUUUGAUUUGAUUCUGAUUCCCAAGCAUGAUUCGAUUUGCAAAUUAAUAUUGAUUUUUUU